UUGUUGCUGCUGCUGCACGGCGGUUGCAGGCACCAUCAGCCGAUCUGCAGCAGGCGACUAUCCUCCGGCUCCGGCUCCAUAGCCGAUCUGCAUCAGGUGAUCUGCAGCGGGUGUAAGUUGACUAUCGGAUUUCACCUCCGAUUCCCAAUCAACGGCGACCGGACUGUUACCACAGCCACCCGGCGUUAGCCUCUCUAUGCUUAAGGAAUAUGCAGUUCUUUGCUGAGAUUGCCGGCACGCCGUCGAACGUCCACCAACCGAUGCCGCCAACGUCGCCGAUCAAUCCACCGACGCCAACGAUACAAAUCAACCAACAACAGCCGAUAAUGGUUGAUAAGGCAGGGCUGAAUCUGCCGCAAGUUUCCAAUAAUUUCUCUACUCAACGUCAUAGCCAUGGAGAAUGUCACGACAAAGAGAAAUUUGAUGUUGAAUUUUCAAAGGGUGUGGCUGAGGAAUCUACGCCGACGUCUUUUGCUGGUAGAACUUCUGGAAAUUCACAGGAUCAUAAAAUCACUACAUCCAAUACUAACGUUUCGGAUUUGAUCAAGGGAGACAAUACUAAGAAGGCCUCGGCGACGGAGUUUCACCGGCCGAGCACCACUUCUUUUGCUUCACUUCUGAGGAGACCCCGACAAAUUGAACGUACGCCGGAUGUGCUUGUUCAUCGAUUCACUUCACUGCAACCGGAUUUCUCUGGUGAAAUACCCACGCUUAGGGUCCCAAAAGAGCAUCUGCUGCCCAAAAUAAAUCAAUUUGAGCAUGCUUUAAUUGGUCGUCUUCUACUGAGGAAAGGAGAGAAGCCGCGUCUUCUCACUGAUCUUAAACGUGAUCUUCAGGUGGCUUGGAAUAUUGACAAGGAUUGGCAAAUCAUCCCCAUGGGAAAGAGCUUCUACACUAUUAAAUUUAAUACCGCUGAAGACAAGGCGUUCGUUCAGAAAAGCACUUCUUGGGAGUUACCUUUCGGAACCAUGCGGUUACGCGAAUGGGUGGUUAUCAUGAACUGCAGAUGGUCGACGUGGAAUUUUAAAAUCGCGGUGGUGCAUGGCGUUAACACGUAUGCUGGCAGACGGCGCUUGUGGUUGGAUCUUCUGGAUCAUAUUGAUGGUAAUGUUGUCUUUAUUGGCGAUUUUAAUGCGGUGAAAGGCGCCCAUGAAAGAAGUAGUGACUGUAUGCCUAACUCUACUGCUUGUGCGGAGUUCUGUGAUUUCAUUGAAGCCACCGGUUUCAUUGAGACGCUUACGGUUGGUCUGAAGUACACGUGGUCUGGUCGUAGAUUUAUGCCUACCCAUGUGGAGUCUCGUCUGGAUAGAUCGAUUUAUGCUGAUUCUUUUGCAAAUCUCUGGAGUUCGGUUUUUGUUCAAGCUCUGCCACGUUCUUCGCGCGUGGAAUCGGUUUUUGGAAAUGUUGAUUCUUGUAUCAUGAAUACUCAACAAGAGCUUUUGGAGAUUCAAAAUCAGAUUGCCAGGGAUGGUUACACGGAGGAUCUCUUUGAUAAAGAAGUGGAAGCCCAAGCUAAGAUCAACGUUGUGCUUUCCAGGCAGAGCUCGCUUUUACAGCAAAAAAGCCGGGUGUCUUGGCUUCAAGAUGGAGACAGGAACACGAAAUUAUUUAAUGCGAUGCUUAGGUUUCGUCGAAAACCUCACAUCGUUUCUCACAUGGAGAUCAAUGGAGAUAUGAAUUACGAUCAGAAGGUUAUUGGGGAUCAUAUCGUGGAUUUCUUCUCUUCUUUGUUUUCGACUAGCAGUCAAGCUAAUACUGAUAUUGCGGCGGUAGAGACGGUUAUUGAGGAAAUGGUCGAAGAUCGUUAUAAUAAUUUGCUCAUUCGUUUACCGGAUGAAGAGGAAAUUUCUGCUGCGGUUUUUCAGAUGAAGCCGAACAGCUCGCCGGGCCCAGAUGGUUUCUCGGGCGUUUGGAUUAAGAUGGGUGCUAUUGAUGCUCAGUUGAUUCUUGCGCCGAUGGAGGCGUUGGUUUUGAGGCGGUGGAUGGAGUUGAGCUUGUGCUGCCCUGGUUUGGUGAGGGAUGGAGUGUCGGUAGAGUCCUUCCGGGUUUGGGUUGAAUUUUAG